UUGACUCGUCAUAUCUCUACUUCACUGGCUAAAUUUGGUACCAUGGCUGCAUUAGAUGAAAUCAUAGAUGAAGAAAUGUUUGAAAUGGAAGAAUUGCGACGAGUGAAGAUUCCAUGCAUUGUACCUAAAGAUCGCAAUGACCCAUUUUAUUAUCUUUCUGGUGAAGAAUUCCUUGAGCGUUUUCGUCUGCCAAAGGAUGCUGUACGAGACCUCAUUGAAGAAGUUAGGCCACGUACACAUGUGGACAGGCUUGGCACAGGAUGUGGCAUUCCUCUGCAUUUGAAGAUGCUAGUUACCUUGCGGUACCUAGCCACGGGAAGUUUCCUUCUUACAGUAGCUGACAUCAUGGAUAUUGCAAAAUCAUCAGCAUGCAGGGCUGUUGGAGAGGUGGUUCAACUUAUUGCUUUCCUGGCACCAGACUACAUCAAAUUUCCACAGCCAGAAGCACGUCAGAUGGCCUCAAAGCUCUACGAUAUUGCUGGUAUGCCAGGUGUAUUGGGGUGUAUAGAUUGUACACACAUUCCAAUACAGAGUCUAGGUGGGAACAACGUUGAGAUGUAUAGAUGUCGAAAGGGGUUUUACUCAUUAAAUGUCCAAGGUAUUUGUGAUUCAGAACUCAAAUUUAUGCAUGUUGUUGCAAGUUGGCCUGGCAGCGUACAUGACUCAAGAAUAUUUUCUAAUUGUCGUAUCUGUUAUCUUCUAGAUCAAGAAGAUUACAGGGGUUUAUAUUUGUUAGGGGAUAGUGGGUAUCCAAGUCGGGAAUAUUUACUGACUCCACUCCUAGCUCCAAGAACUGAAAAGCAUAGGAGGUAUAAUGUAGCUCAUAUACAAACACGGAACUCUAUUGAGAGGGCAUUCGGUGUACUGAAAAGAAGAUUUGCAAGCUUAAGCAUACCCCUCCGAACCAAACUUCCCAAUACAAAAAGAAUUGUGAUGGCAUGUGCUAUUUUGCAUAACAUUGCUAUUUCAAGAAGAGUGGACAUGUUAGAUGUUGAGAUUGAGCCACAGGAAGUAGUUGAUUUAUUGGAGGAUGAAGAUGAUCAUGAACUGGAUGCCACACAAGUUAGGGAAUCAUUAAUUCAAAGAUGGUUCUGAGGGCCAGUUUCAAGAACUUUUCCCUGUGUACCCGAUUGGGCUCCAGUGUAAUAAUACUUUUACUUUUCUAGUUCUUGCUUGCUAGGAUUAACACUUUAAGUUUAAAUAAAAAUAUAUAUAAGGUUCCAAAAGGUAAAGAAAAUGAAAUUAUAUAUAAGAUCUUAUGGUGUAUAAUGUAAGUAUUGCAAAGUACAAAAUUUGUAAGGAUGAAUAAACUUAACCUAUGUAAGAAUGA